UUUUUAAAAUGUUCCAUUUCUACAAUUAAGAUGAAAAUCUGAAGGUCAAAUGUGAGAGAUUCACAAGAAUCUGACUUAAAAAGCAGAUUUCUCUGUUUGUUUGUCCAUAAAUGCACCACUGACGAGCAGCAGCAACAACGAUCGGACCUUCUCUGGGUCUCUUCUUUAAAAACAGAUUUUUGAUAAUAAUGAAAUGAAAUGAUUAUUGAAUUAUGUCCUGGAUUUGUUUACAGUUUUAAAUUGAAUCUGUUGUUUGUCUCGGCCGGCGGUGGUUGUGGUUCGCUCGGUGGACUCUGAUUUGGUUUUCUUUUUUUCCGGCCACGGCUGCAGCUGCCUGCUCCAUUGUGUUUCCCACAUCCAGCUUUUGGUUCCCAGAGUUUGGUCCUGAUAAAAACUCCUGUUUGGGGAAUAAUCUUCAACAUUAUGGCCAAACAUCUGACGGAGAGAAAAAAGUUCAGCACUGUUUGCUGCUUUUCUUCAGUUUAAGUGGAAACAUUAGAAUUGAUGGGUAAAAAAAAGUAAUUCCUCACACUUCACAUGCAUCAAAUGCAAGAAUUUGCUCAGUGAUGCUACAGCGUUAAUCUGCAGGAGAAGCCGAGGCCGAGUCGGGCUGUAGAGCCUGCUUCUGAGGUGAGAGUGGAAACAGUGAGCUGGUUUGUAUUAAACCUAACCUCUUUUUGGAUGAAAGUGAGAAAAAAAUAGAAAAAUGCGACACAUGCAUUGUUUGCAGCUCUAAAAAGAAGAGAGUGUGACCACAGUUGUGCUAAACAAAAGUGUCUGACUGAGGAGAGGAAGAGACACACAUCUGGGUUGAAAAGGAGGAAGCAAGGACGAACUUUCUCAGCAGUGAAGUCCAAAAUAAGAGAAGAGGAAACAUGCGCGGUGACUUAGAUCUGUGUGUGUGUGUGUGUGUGUGUGUGUGUGUGUGUGUGUGUACUUGUGCAGGAACACACACGGCUGAUUGCUGAGUUUGUGGUUUCUUCAUGUCUGCAUGGUGCAGAUACAAACGCGAGCUACAGGCGAGGAUAGGGUGUGAAACUUCUGUCAGAGUCGGCCUAAAUGCAGAACAUCGCCACUUUCUUCAAUGGCAACAGAUCCAGAUCCACACAACCGUCAUUCAAAUGCAAGAGUUACGUGUGUGUGUGUGUGUGUGUGUGUGUGUGUUUACAUGUGCAAUGACAUCAGAAACCUUGAUUUGCCUAACUGUUGGCUGCAAGUUACAAAGCAGGAUUGUAGAGUGACAUCCACACACCUGACAACAUGCAAAUGCUUAAGCUGAAUAGUGUGUGUGUGUGUGUGUGUGUGUGUUUAUGUAUUACAGACGGUGAAAUGAUAAGGAGAGAAGCUCAAGCGGGAGUUAAAUGCAAAUAAGAGUCUAGUAAAAUUUAGACUCUGGAGAAACACAAAAUGCAGUUUUGAAAUGAUGAUUUUAUAUCUCAGAAGGAAACCGUUACCCAAGCCUUCAUGCCCUUAGGUGAAACUGCUAUUUUUCCCAUGUUGCAGAAAUUAGCUGUGAUUAACGACAUUUUUAGAAUUUUUUUAGACAUUUUUUUCAGUUCCGCUAACCACACCCUGACCUGAUUACAGUCAGACUAAAUCCCUUCAGUAGAACCUGUUGUUCCUGAUCACAAGGCACAAGGACAAGCCCAUAAACAUGUCUGACAUUGUUACGUAAGCUAAAAGAUCUCAAAAAGUAAGUGUUUUUAAGAAAUUCAAGAAUCCAGAACAUCUAAAACCCUGCAGGCAUCACUUGGUUAAAGUGACAAUGUGUAGCUUUUACUAUUACUCUGGAAAUAUCCAUUGAAAUGUUGUAAAUGAAUUAAGAGAUGCUCGGUUGUUAAAAAAUAUUGGCGGUUUCAUGACAAAUAACCAUAAAAAUCAGGUCUAAAAUACAUGGGAGUGGGUCUAAGUCUCUGGGCGACGCCAUAUUGGACGCCAUGCUUCCUUCUACGGAAGCCCGUGAGGACAGAAUGCAUUUACUGAUUUGAAACAAAUGAUUACAAAACUUUCAGCAUUAAUAAACAUUGUUCUUUUACACAUUUACCUCUUCACUCAUUGCAAGUGAUGAAAAGGAAUCUGAUGUUCUUGUUUUGCUGGAGGUAGCAGUCCUAAGGAUUUUUGACCCUAAUGGCCACCCGUUGGUAAGGUCUCAUUCAAACACAAAAAUAAUGCUUGCUUGCAAUGAUUUAGGUAUCUACUGCCCUCUAUUGCUGGGGAAAAUACACACUGUUACUUUAAAGUUAAUGUCAAAGGUCAUGUGACAAGGGGAAAAAAUGGCCUUCUGAAACCUCAACUGACCAAAAUCAACACAAAAAUAAUUUCUAAUCAUGCAUACUCGUCUGAGCUUGUGUACUCACGUCGUUGUGAAUCAUCUUCAACGACGGCCCAAGCCAACCCUGUUCUUGCUUGACCCAUUGUAUCAAGGAUGCAUUAAUGUAUCAUUCUGUGUAUCCCAUAAUGCAUUGCACCGCGAACCAUUAUACUCUAAACGGCAGAGGAGAAAGCUCAUAACUGUGUUUUAGAUCAGAAACACAAAUAAAGACAUAAAGUUGUCUGUUAUUGUAAAUAAUUGGCGGUAAAAUUUGCUGUGUAUAUUUGGGUUUUUUACACGAUCCCUCAAAAUGCUAAUUAGCUAACCCGCUAUCAAAAUAAAAGUAGGGUUGCCUAAUAGCUCUGUUUUGAUGAAAAAUAAACAUUUUUCGUCGUUUCACAGAAGGAAAUGCUGGUAUUUUAUUAACUUUGAUCAAAAGUGGACCAAAAAUUAUACAACUAAUCAGUAUUCAUUAUUUUGUUACUUCAGAGCCAAACUAAGCAUUUUUUAUUUCAGGUCGUUUUUUUUUUCACCAUAGCAUAACGCGGCAAUUGUUCCCCGUACGGAAGGGAGUACUGCUCGGUUUUAAAUGCCGUCCUGGGUAGAACUGACUUUCUUUAAAGGACUGUGCAAAUCAACUGGCUGGAAUCUUUACCUGGAUCUUCAACCAAUCCCUGUCCCAGGCUAUUGUACCAUCUUGCUUAAAGUCCUCCAUCGUUGUUCCGUUGCCCAAAAAACCCCAUGAAAAACAGCCUGAGUGACUUCCGGCCAGUAGCACUCACAUCAGUUGUGAUGAAGUGCUUUGAGAAACUGGUGCAGUCACAUCAUUGAGUCAUGCCAGCAGACUUGGACCUCUUCCAAUUUGCCUACGAGCAAGGAGAUCUGCAGAGGACGCUGUGGCCAUGGCUCUUCACACUGCCCUGACCCACCUGGAGCAGCAGGGGAGCUAUGCCAGAAUGCUCUUUGUGGAUUUCAGCUCGACUGGUGUCCAAACUAUCUGAUCUGGGUCUCAAAUCACCAACAUCCAAUUGGAUACUGGACAUUCUGGCAGGUUGCUCUCAUAGGGCAAGGCUGGGUCCCCACACCUCAGCAGCUGAGUCUCAAGACCAGGACACCACAGGGCUGUGUGCUCAGCCCACUCCUCUAGACCCUCUACAUGACUGCGUCCCCACCCACGAGAGGAACAAGAUCAUAAAGUGUGUGGAUGACACAACGUUGAUCUGGCUAAUCUCCAGCAAAGAGGGUGAGCAUUCCUACAGAGAGGAGGUCGAGCAAAUGUCAGUGGUGCAAAGUCAAUAAUCUGCUCUACAACACCACGAAAACGAAGGAGCUCGUUAUCGAUUUCCUGGGGAGGAGAGCAGCAUGGAGAGGUUUCUAGACAUUAAGUUGGAGGAUGACCUGACUUGGAGUGCAAACACCAAGGAGCUGGUGACGAAGGCGCAGUAGAGGUCAUAUUUUCUGAGAAUCCUGAAUAAGAACCACCUUCCCACAAAUCUGCUGCUUGCCAUCUACCGUUGUUCCGGAGAGAGUACACUGACAAACGGACUGUGUGUGUAUGGAAUGGCAGCUGUACUUCCUUGGAAAAGAAAGCACUCCACAGGACCAUCAGCGCAGCAGAGAGAACAAUUGGCUGCACCCUUCCUACUCUGAAAGACAUCUACACCCCCCCGUUGCUGCAGGAGAGGAACAGACAUCUCAGAGGAUCCAUUACAGCCCGGGCAGUGCUCCCAUCUGAGAGAAGAUACAGAGCCGUCUUAGGAUCAGCUUCUGAAUAACCAACGCAGAUGGGAACACUGACCACAGGUUGUGUGGGAUGGAGAAUGAGACGGUGGAGGACAUGGAUGUGCUGUGGGACAGAGUGGAGUGUAAGCGCUACGAGCUGUGUCGCGUCAUCACCCCAGCCAAGCUUACCCCCUACCUCCGUCAGUGCAAAGUCCUGGAUGAACAGGAUGAGGAUGAGAUUCUCAACUCCCUGCUGCUCCACACCAAAGCAAACCGCACAAGCCGUCUACUUGACAUCCUUCGCACUAAAGAAGAGCGUGGCUAUGUGGCUUUCUUGGAGAGUCUGGAGUUUUACUACCCUGAGAUGUACAAGGUGGUGACUGGGAAAGAGCCCACAAGAUGCUUCUCCACCAUCGUAGUGGAGGAGGGUCAAGAGGGUCUGACCCAGUUUCUGAUGAGUGAGGUGAUGAAACUGCAGCAGCACACCAAAGUCAAGACCCUUCAGAACGCCGAACUCAGCAGGAAGACCCGCACGUUGGAAGACGAGCGCAAGAAGCUCUCCUUGGCUAAUCAGGAGCUUCAAGCCUUCCAGCAAAGGUACAACAAGCUGAGAGAGGAGAGGAACACCUACAGCGACGAGCUCCUCAGAGUAAAAGAUGAAAACUACAAGCUGGCCAUGAGGUACGCCACGCUGAGCGAGGAGAAGAACAUGGCCGUGAUGAGGAGCCGGGACCUGCAGCUGGAGGUCGACCAGCUGAAGCACAAUCUGAACAAGGUGGAGGAGGAGUGCAAGAUGGAGAGGAGGCAGAGUCUGAAGCUGAAGAACGACAUCAAGAAUCGGCCAAAGAGAGAGCAGAUCUUUGAGCUGGAAAGAGAGAACGAGAUGCUUAAGAUCAAACUUCAGGAGCUGCAAUCCAUCAUCCAGCCCGGCCCAUUACCAGCAUCAGACAAGGCCAUUCUUGACAUUUUGGAGCACGACAGACAGGAAGCUCUGGAGGACAGACAGGAUCUGGUCAACCGCCUUUACAACCUCCACGAAGAAGUCAGGCAGGCGGAGGAACUACGAGACAAGUACUUGGAGGAGAAGGAGGACCUUGAGUUAAAGACCUCUUCGCUUCAGAAGGACUGUGAAAUGUAUCACAACCGCAUUGACACCCUCACUGCACAGCUGGAGGAGGUGGAGAAAGAGAGGGACCAGGCGUUCCGAGCCAGAGAUGACGCCCAGCAUCAGUUCUCCCAGAGUCUCGUCGACAAAGAUAAAUAUCGUAAACAGAUCAGAGAACUGGAGGAGAAAAGCGACGAGCUCCACAUUGAGAUUGUGCGUAAAGAAGCCAAGAUGGUAACCCUCGAGUGUCGCCUGAGACGGAUGUCCAAAGAGAUUCCUCUGGACCAGAGUUUACCGAGGGACCUCCCUCCUGCCAUCAUCUCCCCAGGGCAGGGCCCUUCAGAGUGGUCCAGUGAUGAGUCACAUGAGGAGAAGCAGCCAUCGUUGGAGGAGCCUCGACUCAGACGCAGACCAAACCUCAAAGCAGGGAACAGAGUUAAAUCUCCAGUUUCUGUCCUCAAAGACCCUCAGAUUACUUCGGACCCCAGCCAGCGUGCAGCCUCAGCUACGGUCAACGGUGGAGAUUUUCUGGAUAUCCACAUGCCGAAUGUCAACGGCAACAACAACUCUCUCCCACCGUUGCCCAGUUUCCCCGUGUCUCCCACGUACCCCCCCGUUGCAGCUCCUCCGCCCCUGUCCUCCUCCCCCUUGCCCGCCAUCCAUGCUUUCACGACCGCGGAGCAGCACAGGCCCAACAUGCUGCGUAACCGUAACGACAGCAUCCUGUCGAUCCUUCCUGAGCCACCGGAGAAAGCAUCCCUCUACCGCCGAGAGAAGGAGAAGGAAGAGGACUUCCUGCCCCGCAGCCUCUCCGACUUUGAUAGUGACAACAUGGAAUUGGAAUGUGAAGAUGCCCCAAACUCUGUGAUCUCCUCCUCCUCCUCCCACCAGUCAGAGGGGAUGGACAUGUACGAUCUGGAGCAGGUCAACAGCAUCUUCAGAAAACUUUCUCUGGAGAGGCCGUUCCGCCUGUCGCUGUCGUCUCUCUCUAAAGUCAGCUCCACCGUCAAGCCGGUCCAGGAGCUGUCGUUGCUAGGCGACAACCUCCUGAAGGAAAUCAUGCUGGUUGGAGGCAAUAACAGCGGGAUCUUCGUCUCGUCUGUCCAGAUAGGAUCCGCAGCUGAGAAAGCAGGACUGAGAGAGGGCCACCACCUACUGAUGCUGGAGGGGUGCAUACGAGGAGAGACCCAGAGUGUUUUGCUGGACACCAGCACCCAGGAGGAGGCCCACUGGGCCCUGCAGCACUGCUCAGGAACCGUCAGGCUUCACUAUCGUGCUAACUUUGACUCGUUCCGGCGUCUCCAGAGGGAUCUGAGCAGCGGUGCGCUGGCGUCAGGGGACUCCUUCUACAUACGAGUGAACCUGAACAUCUGCGGACAGUUGGACACCUGCUCUCUAAACGUGCGCUGUGACGAGGUGGUGCAUGUUCUGGACACCAGACAUCAGGGCCGCUGUGAGUGGCUGUGCGCCCGUGUGGACCCCUACACUGGAUCGGACCUGACGGAGUGUGGCACCAUACCCAGCAACUCACGAGCUCAGCAGCUGCUGCUGGUAAAAAUCCAGAAGUUUGUGUGUCGAGGCAGCAAGGAGGAAAACGACAACCAUCGCAACUGCAGGCCAGAAGAGGCCGGCUGCUCUCCUGACCCUAAGGCCAGUCCUCGCUUGUCCAGAGCCAGCACCUUCCUCAGUCAGAUCCUGCAGUUUGUCAGCAGGGUGGACAUCAAAUACAAGCGAAUGAACAGCAGUGAACGCGUGAGGAUCAUCAGCUCUGGCAGCGGCGUCCUACCAAGGCAAAGCUUUGAGAUGCCGAGGCCCGACGAAGACCCGGACAGCGAUCUGACCAGGAGUUUGAACCUGGUUCCCUACAGUCCCAUCACCCCUCAGAAGACCCAGAGGAGAAGACCAGUCCUGUUCGCUCCUGCUGCUUUAGCCAAAACCAUCAUACAGAAGAUCCUCAACAUGGGGGCGGCCAUGGACUUCAACAUCUGCAAACCAGACGCCCUGUCCAAGGAGGAGUUCCACCUGAAACAGAACGUGGAGCCUUUCAUUCACUACAAGGAGAAGCAGACCACUUUUGAGUGCAUCACUAGAGAAAACAUUGAGGCUGUUGCUGCCAAAGGCAAACACUGCCUGCUGGAGGCGGAGCUCAGCUGUGUCAAGGACCUUCUGCGACGAGAAAUCUACCCCAUCAUCAUUUACGUCAAGAUCUGUGAGAAGAAUGUGAAGAAGUUGAGGAAGCUGCCUCUGCGUGUGGAGUCGGAGGAGGAGUUAGUGAGGCUGUGUCGGUCUAAGGAGAAGGAGCUGGAUGGCGUCCCGUGUUUGUACGCCACCCUGGAACCCGAGUCCUGGGCGGGGACGGACGACCUGAUCCGGGUCAUCAAAGACCGAAUUCUGGAUGAGCAGAGGAAGACUGUCUGGGUUGAGCAGGACCUCCUGUAGGACGGACGCCCAGAAAAUAUCUGCACAUGCUUUCAUGUUACUAAUUACAACAAACCUCAAACCUCCUGUAUAUGUAGCCGACCAUUUCUAUUUAUUUUCAGACUUCAGAAACCUCCAUGGACACUGAAAAUCCCCAAACAAAAACAAACCUGGGGGACUUUGUAAAAGUGUAACUCAAAUGUAAAAAAAAUAAACAGUGUGAUGAUGGCUAAAAAGCGUUUUUCUUUAGUUGGGCUCCGGAUUCUUUUUGAUCCUAUAGCGUGGGGUGCAGCGCCCUCUGGUGGCAGGCAACCAGCUUUUUUCUUUACAAACGUUUUGAUCAGAUUUCAACAGGAAGUGGGAGACACGUGAGGACUAAUCUGUUAGUCAGGUCAGCCUAAAUAACACUUUGUAAAUGUUCAUCAAUCUAGUGAUGGGAAUUCCGGCUCUUUUUAGAGAGCCGGUUCUUUUGGCUCAGCUCACCAAAAAGCUCAGCUCACUCUUUCGGCUCCCAAGUGGCUCCUCAGAUUUUCUGUUGCGUAGAGUACAUUUAUAACCAAAAUAAUGCAAAACUAUACGUAAAAUUAUUUACUAAUGUAAAAAAUGCUAUAUAUCAAAUGUUUAUCAUUUCUAUGGAUUUAAUGACUGAACACUUUAAGAAAUCUCCACUUUCCGACUGCUGGCGCUGGUUUUCUCACCGUCUUCGUCGCACUCUCCUCUCUCGCUCUCCUUUUUCCUCCUCCUCAUUCCCUCUCGUCUCCCUCCACCCGCAUGUGCUCUGCUGUGUGUCUGAGUCUGAUCCUCCCUCUUCCCUGCCCCUACUGCUCUGUGUGUGGACAGUCUGGACACGCAGUUACACAUGUUGACCAAUC